AUGUUUUUCUUUGAAGUGCUUUCUUCUCAAUUGUUUCUAGUCAUUGUUUGGUCAUUUUCAACUAUUAUUACAUCUCUUGUUAGUGUUGUGAGUUUACCAAACAAUGAAAGUGUUCCAGCACUGUUUGUGUUCGGAGACUCUAUAGUAGAUACAGGUAACAAUAACUACAUUAACACCAUAGCCAAAUGUAAUUUUCGACCAUAUGGUAAAGAUUUUGGUGGAGGAAAUCAACCAACUGGGAGGUUCAGCAAUGGUUUAACCCCUUCAGAUUUCAUUGCUGCAAAAUUUGAAGUUAAGAAGCUUUUGCCACCGUACCUUGAUCCAAAUUUGAAACGUGAAGAUCUCCUCAGAGGUGUAAGCUUUGCAUCUGGUGCUAGUGGAUAUGAUCCUCUAACUUCUGAACUAGCAUUAGUGUUAUCAUUAUCAGAUCAACGGGACAAAUUCAGGGAAUACAUAAAAAAGAUACAGAACAUGGUUGGAGAAACCACAACGACAACAAUGAUAUCGAAAAGCAUAUACAUCUUAUGCACAGGAAGCAAUGACAUUACCAAUACUUACUCUUUUAGGCGGCUGAAAUAUAAUAUUUCAACUUAUACAGACUUCAUGGCUUCACAAGCUACAAAGUUCUUAAAAGAACUUUAUGGACUUGGAGCUAGAAGAAUUGGAAUAGUUGGUUUGCCAAUUCUAGGGUGUGUGCCCUUUCAAAAAACAAUGAGAGGAGGAUUUAAGAGAGCAUGUUCAGAUUCUGAAAAUCAAGCUGCGAUAUUGUUCAACAAAAAGCUAUCAUCCCAAAUAGAUAUUCUUGGGAAAAAUUUUCCUGAAGCUAGACUUGUCUACCUUGAUAUUUACAACCCAUUAUCGGAUAUGAUUCAAAACCCCUCUAAAUAUGGUUUUGAAGUAGCAGAUAAAGGAUGUUGUGGCACAGGAUAUUUUGAAGUAGGCUUUAUGUGUAACGCUCUUUCCAAGAUAUGUUCAAACAGGUCAAACUAUAUAUUUUGGGAUAGUGUCCAUCCUACGGAAAGGGCCUAUAAUAUACUUUGUUCAGAGGCGCUUGACAAAAAUAUCAACAAAUUCUUCUGA